GAGCUACGAGUUCUACGCGGGCUCGGCCUCGGCGCCGCCCGGAGCCGCCUACGGAUCCUGGGAGACUCCCAAGGCUCCGGAGCUGGGGCUGGGAUCCUCCGAGGGAUCCUCGGGAUUGGGAUCCUCGGGAUUGGGAUCCUCGGGAGCCGCCUACGGAUCAGGAGCUGCGGGAUCCGCCUACGGAUCGGGAUCCGGGAGCGCCUUCGGAUCCUCGGGAGCCGCCUACGGAUCCGCCGGAUCGGCCUUGGGACUGGGAUCCUCGGGACUGGGAUCCUCGGGACUGGGAUCCUCGGGACUGGGAUCCUCGGGACUGGGAUCUUCAGGAUUUGGAUCCUCGGGAUUUGGAUCAUCGGGAUUGGGAUCGUCAGGAUUGGGAUCGUCAGGACUGGGAGCCUCAGGAUUGGGAUCAGCAGGACUGGGAUCCUCAGGAUUGGGAGCCUCAGGAUUGGGAGCCUCAGGAGCCGCCUAUGGAUCGGGAGCUGCAGGAUCUGCCUAUGGAUCGGGAUCCGGGAGCGCCUUCGGAUCCUCGGGAUCAGCCUUGGGACUGGGAUCCUCGGGAUUGGGAUCUUCAGGACUGGGCUCCUCAGGAUUGGGAUCCUCGGGAUUAGGAUCUUCAGGAUUGGGAUCCUCGGGAUUGGGAUCCUCGGGAUUGGGAUCUUCGGGACUGGGAUCAUCAGGACUGGGAUCUUCGGGACUGGGAUCAUCAGGACUGGGAUCUUCGGGAUUGGGAUCUUCAGGAUUGGGAUCAUCAGGACUGGGAUCCUCAGGACUGGGCUCCUCAGGAUUGGGCUCCUCGGGCUCGGCCUUUGGGGCGGAAGUUUCCGGCUCCAACCCCGACUCCAUCAUCGCCAAGAUCAACCAGCGCCUGGACCUGCUGGCCAAGGAGGGCGCGCCAGGGGAGGGGCGCCAGCCGCAGGAGAGGUGGGAAUUCCAUCCCGGAUUCCCCCAGAUCCCUCCCUCCCCUUCCUGGCAUCCGGAAAAAUCCCUGCCCUUCAUUCCCAGCCCUAAUCCGGGAUUUUAUUC